AUGACAUCCCAAGAACCCCUGCCAGCCCAUCUGGAUCCAUCCACGUACCCACGCACACAGCACGAUGCGACACAAAACAUCCACCUAACACUCACCUACCAACCCCUCGACCCCAACACCUACCUGUCGCAGGUCUCCUCCCCUGCCGCAGGCGCAAAUGUCUUCUUCCUCGGAACAACACGCGAUACAUUCGAGAACAGACCCGUCUCCCAAUUAAGCUACACAACAUACCCGCUCCUUUCCCUGAAAACACUCACCGCGAUCGCGGAGGACGCCGUCAAAAAGCACCAGCUUCUGGGCGUGAGCAUUGCCCAUAGACUGGGCGUCGUGCCUAUUCAAGAGGCUUCGAUUGCGAUUGCGGUUAGUUCGGGACAUCGCGCCGCGGCGUGGAGGGCCGGAGAGGAAAUUCUCGAGGCUUGUAAGGAACGGGUGGAGAUCUGGAAGCGGGAGGAGUUUGUUGAUGGGGGGAUGGAGUGGAGGGCCAAUACGGACCGGGAUGCAGAAGGGAGGUUGGUUGGAAAUUCUAUGACGGAGGGGUUGUGA